AUGGAUUUUACACCCACUACUGAAGGCCCCUCUUUUAAGACUUGUAAUCGUUGUCGCACCGAGUUUGAUAGGUCAAUCCAGUUCUUGUACAUCAAGGGCAGAGAUGGGACCGGUCGCCACUGUUGCCCGGAUUGUGCCGCUCAUUAUCAACGCAAGCGUGCUGAAGCUAGAGAAAACAUUAAUGGGGGCACGUCAAACGGAUCUGUUGAUUUCACAAAAGUAGCUUCCAGCACACGUGGCAUUGAUGCUACUUCACGCCAAGCACUUGUCAAAGCUUCCUCGGCAGCACAACGUGGCGAACAAUCAUUCCCCAAGCAGUAUAUUGGCAUGGGCCAUGCUGCUUCAAUGCCUCCACCUCAUGUUCCCGUGUCUGUUAGUAUCUCUCAAGCCAUAGGUUACACUCAUAACCACAACUUCCACACCCACCACCACACAAAAAUGCUGGCUUCUACAGUGGCUCCUCAACGUCAGGUCACAAUUCGGAUUGCUCUACAUCAUGUGAAGUAUGAAGGAAAGUCUGGGACAGAGUUGGUUGGGAACAUUGAGCGGGAUAUUUCAGUACCACUCUCCAUCAAAUGCGGCCAACUAUGUGACACUAUCAUAGAAAACCUGAAGCGUCUAUGGGUUGUCUGGUCUUGUGACCAUCAAUUGGCGCUCAAGUCACUACAAAUGCUCAAGGCUCCGUUACUACUCAUUUAUGACCCUGAAGAGCCUCAGCGGUACUCCGAGCGACUAAUCCUCCACAACUUCUUUUUUCGCGCCUCAGGUAAAGACUCUACACCAAAGUUUUUGCCAAACAUCAAAGUCUCCAUCAUCCUCCUGAUGUUGAAGGAAGAUUUUGAAGACAUCUUGCUGUGGAAGGAAGAAGAUAAGCAUGCCAAAGCACGCUUGCGCAAUGAAGAUGCUCAGAGUCUGGGGAAUACUUCUUGUUAUCAACAUCAGGCGGAAAAUAAGCCAGAAAACCUCGUGCAAAAAAGACAUCAGUGCAGUAUCCUCCUCCCACACGUGGCUUUGUGCCCGUUCACCAGAAAAUACCAGCCGGAGAACAGGAUACUCUCUAUGGAUACCCCACCCCCGGAUGUCCCACCAUUUAGUGUGCUGGACAAAGCUGUUCUUCAAUGUGUGAUGAUGGCUCAAGGGGAUGUUCGGUGCCUGGCAAAGCCUAUUUUAAGCACCAACAUAGGAGUGUAUGUGCUGUUCCUGGUACCCUCAAUCCCAUUUACAGACCUCCUCAAGAAACGAGUCCCUUUUGACGUCAUGAACCAGUUCCAAGGCAAUGCUUGGACCGGCUGGAAGCUUCAAAACGUGUCAUCCGGCAUUGUAGAGGGGGCUGAAGUGAGCAAGACCCCAUCAAGUCCUUUGGGUGGGCACAAACGGCUGGCUGUUCAGGACAAGCUAGUGAAGAUGCUUGAUGAAGCCAAUUGUCUUUACUGGGCAACAAGCCUAAUGACUUUAGUGUAUAAUUUCAUUGACGACAAACUCAUUCGCAGGCCCCUUGUCUAUUCUCCCCCAAUUAUUCCUCGCCUCCGUAUUGUCCACGCUGCUUUAGCCAUCCCCCAAGAUACCAGAGAGUCACGCAACACCGUGUAUCUUCUGGAAGAAAGGAUUAGCGGCCAGUUUGUCAAGUGUAUCAGCAACAACUGUGCAACUCCUUGCCAUAGCCUUGCCCCAGCCAAACUGGAGAUCACAACAUUCCUGUGUUUUGCACAACACGCACAGUAUCAUUUCUCGCAAGGUCUUGUCUUUGUUUCAGAUUUUCAAGCUCUCAUCUUUGCCCCAAUUGAGUUCGCAAAUAACUUUGGUGAAGGAAACUGGACGGCAACUCUGGACAACUUCCCAUCAUUGCACAAAUGCAAUGAAUAUUGCUUAUAUUUUGGACUCCCUUCCUUAGCAAUAGCGGGGUCUGCUACGACAAAGAGAGCACUACAGGAAGUCGAGGCAGACAUUAUGUCUAGUCGUGUCCAUGGCUAA